AGGAGAGAAACAGAACUACCGAUGAGAGAAAAGGAAAGGCGCCUGUUUUGAAUGCAGAGCGACCCUGGCAGAGGCUAGAACGAGCUGUAAAAAUCCCCACAGGCACCCGGCUGAGUCUCCCAUGAAGCAAGGGGCAGCAGCACACCCCAAACGUCAGCUGGGAAGGAGCUUCAGCAGAGGUGAAGGGUAGGAUCCUGCCGCCAUGCCAUUCCGGAGGGGGCUCCCCCAGGUGGGGGGCAGCUGGGGCAGACUGAAGCAGAUGGACUCCAGGCGGAAGGGCGGCAGCAUCACAGCUCCGAUGGGGCCCAUGGACUUCGUGCCGGGUGCUGGGGACAAAUUCAUCUCCAGGGCUGCGCAUACGAACCGCACAUCGCGCUUCGCAGCCUCAACCCUCAGGGGCUUCAUCCGUUAUCAGGGCGGGUAUCCAUCUCAGCCAGCCUCUCCCAGGCCGAGUCAGAAGACCCUGAAGAAUGUGGCCACUUCUGAGGCCAUUGCAAAGCACCAGAAAAGCCUGGCCAGCUGGUUCCUUCUGCAGCCCAACGAGGAGAGGCAGUUCGGCCCCUCCUUCUCGCUGGACACGACGCACGUCAACCCCGUCAUCCGGGAGAGCUCGCUGGAGGAGGUCCUGAAGCCGUCCCCCAAAAGGUCCGUCCAGAGCCAGCUCCAGGCCUCCGGCAGCUGCGCCUUCGGCCUGCAGAACCUCUUCGACGCGGACGGCUGCGGCCACCAGGUGAAGAACGUCGUGCUGUAUGGCACCGUGGGGACCGGCAAGAGCACCCUCGUCAAGAAGAUGGUGAUCGACUGGUGCCACGGGCAGCUGCCCCGCUUCGAGCUGCUGAUCCCCUUCUCCUGCGAGGACCUCUCCCAAAGCGGGGCGCCCACCUCCCUGCGGCGCCUGAUCACCAAGAAGUACCUCCACCUGCGGGAGGUGCUGCCGGCGCUGGACUCCCCCAGCCUCAAGGUGCUCUUCAUCCUCAACGGCCUGGACCGCCUCAACCUGGACUUCCGCCUGGCCCGCACCGAGCUCUGCUGCGACCCCAACGAGCCGGCCCCUCCCUCGGCCAUCGUGGUCAACCUCCUCCGGAAGUACCUGUUGCCAGAGGCAAGCAUCAUCGUCACCACACGGCCCUCCGCAGUGCGCCGCAUCCCCAGCAAGUUCGUGGGCCGCUACGUGGAGGUCUGCGGCUUCUCCGACAUCAGCCUCCAGAAGCUGUACUUCCAGAUGCGCCUGAGCCAGCCGGACUGCGCCGGCGCUGCCGGCCCUCCCACGGCCGAGGAGGCGAGCGAGCAGGACAACCUGCUGGAGAUGCUCUCGCGCAACCUGGACCGGCACAACCAGAUCGCGGUGGCCUGCUUCCUGCCCUCCUACUGCUGGCUCGUGUGCACCACCCUGCACUUCCUGUAUUUCAGCAAGGCGGUGCCGCCCACGCAGACCCUCGCCGGGAUCUACACCAGCUUCCUCCGGCUCAACUUCAGCGGGGAGGUGCUGGACAGCACGGAACCCUCCAACAUCUCCAUGAUGAAGUACGUGGCCAAGACGGUGGGCAAGCUGGCCUACGAAGGGGUGAUGUCGCGGCAGACCUCCUUCUCGGAGGAGGACCUGCGCCGCUGCUUCGAGGGCGGGAUGAAGACGGAGAGCGAGCUCAACCUGCUGAACGUCUUCCGCAGCGACGUGCUGAGCUUCUUCCUGGCGCCCAGCGUGCAGGCGGCCAAGGAGCACACCUUUGUCUUCACCAUCCCUGCCAUGCAGGAGUACCUCGCGGCCCUCUACGUGGUCCUGGGUGAGAAGAAGACCCUGGCGCAGCGGGUGGGCAAGGAGGUCUCCGACAUCAUCGGCAAGGUGAGCGAGGACGUGUCCCUGCUGCUGGGCAUCGUCUCCAAGGUCCUGCCGCUGCGCGUCCUGCCGCUGCUCUUCAGCCUGGUCAAGAUCUUCCCGCGGUACUUCAGCCGCUUCAGUGGCAAGGACCGCGACACCAUCGCCCGCACCAUGGCGGUGGAGAUGUUCAAGGAGGAGGACUACUUCAACGAUGACGUCUUGGACCAGAUCAACUUCAGCAUCCUGGGCGUGGAGGGCCCCAUGCGCCACCCCGACGAGGCGCCCGAUGACGAGGUCUUCGAGCUCUUUCCCAUCUUCAUGGGCGGGCUGCUCUCCCGGCGCAACCGGGUGAUCCUGGACCAGCUGGGUUGCCCCAUCAAGAACCUGGCAGCCUUCGAGAUCGCCAAGGCCAUGAAGAAGACGGUCAUCCGCAACAGCCGCAAGGGGCUGCCGCCCUCCGAGCUCCUGGACUACCUCUUCUUCUUGCACGAGUUCCAGAACGAGCGCUUCACGGCCGAGGCCAUCCAGUCCCUGAGGACCAUCAACCUCUCCUCCGUCAAGAUGACCCCCCUCAAAUGCUCCAUCUUGGCCGCUGUCUUGGGUACCACGAGCCACGAGGUGGAGGAGCUGAACCUGGCCUCCUGCCACCUGGACGUUGGCUGCUUGAGCAUCCUGUUCCCGGUCCUGCUGCGAUGCAGAAGGCUCCACUUGCAGCUCAACAGCCUGGGGCCGGAGGCGUGCAAGCUGAUCCGAGACCUGCUCUUGCACGAGGACUGUGCGGUCGGCACCCUGCGGCUCGCGGACAACCCCGUGGCAGAAGAGGGAGCCCGCUACCUCGCGGAGGGCAUUGCCGGCAACCGCUCCCUGACCCACCUGUCGCUGCUGCACACCUCGCUGGGCAACCGGGGCAUGGAGGUGCUCACCCAGCACCUGGCCCGGAACCAGCACCUGCGGGAACUGGACGUGGCCUACAACUCGGUGACGGACGCGACCGCGCUGGCCCUGGUGGAGGAGGCCAAGCGGCACCCGGCUCUAGAAACAGUGCACCUGUAUUUCAACGAGAUCAGCGCGGAAGGGAAGCAAGCCCUGCACGAGAUGCGCAAGGAGCGCGGAGGCAUCCGGGUGCUCAUCUUCCUGACCAUGGGGGCCGACGUCUCCGACUACUGGGCCAUCAUCCUCAACGUGGUGCAGAAGAACCUGCCAGUCUGGGACCGCGAUCGGGUGCAGCAGCACCUCGGCCUGCUGCUGGAGGACUUGCAGGGCAGCCGCCGGCAGACCGCCAACCCGUGGAAGAAGGCCAAGUUCCUCCGCGUGGAGAGCGAGGUCAAGAAGAUGCUGGGUAAACUUCAGCAGCGGGGUGGCUAGCGCCUGCCCCCCACAGCCUGCUGCUCUGGGCAAGGCGGCCGCAGCAGGGAGGGCUUUUCCCCCGCGUGGAGUCUCGCUCGGUCACCGCGUUGUCCUUGGAUGCUCAACUGGAUGGACGUGUGGCUGGAUCCAGCCCGGCUCACUUGCCUCCCGAUGAGCCCGGCUUCCUCCUGCAAAUGACCGACCAGUGGUUCGGACAGAGGCGCAGCUGUCAGUCCCGCCCCAUCAGCCCUGUUUCAGACGGGGGCCCCUUUUUUCCUUCCUCAGCUCUGCUUGCUGUGUUCAUCUGUCACCUUAUCGGUGUAUUAUUACCGGCUUGGUUUUUUUAAUUCAAGAACACAGACUGUUGCAAAGCUGGAAACCUGCUCUGGGUGGGUAGGAGGUGGGUGUUCCACCCCAAGGGUGCUUGCCACUCGGUGCUGAGCAUGGUGGCUGACAACCUCCUGAAGCGAGUUUCCCAGAGAAGGUUAUCUGAGGAACAGACGGGGUGCAGGGCCAAAGGGGGUGCGUCCUGCCUCGGUCGCGUGUGCCCGCAGGUCUACCAGCCUCACACGGACGGGGUAGCCAGCUCUUUUGGACUGGCCGGUACAGGGGGGACCCCGACCUCCAGCAUCCAUGGUGCCAAGUAAUGUGCACACUUCGACAUGGUUCGGGAAAGCCCAGCUUGAAGGAGAGCUGCUGGAGGUGAGGACUGGCCCAGUGGGGCUGAGGAAAGCCCCCAGAGAGUGCCAGACCGGCUCUCUCUUCCUGACUGUCCCCCCCAGCCCUCCACCACGCCCCCCUCGAGCAGCUCUCAUCACUUCCAUACACAAAUACCUCAGAAGCUCUGCCUUACACUCCACAACACUGUGGCUUCCUCCCAGCUUUUGAAAGGAGCCACGAUUGUGGCAAGAUGGAUCAUGUGGCUUGGGACCAAGGAGGAAAAUGGCUUGUCUAUGUCUCUGAGGACUAGCACCUUGUGGAAUCUCAUGGCCUAUUUCCCUGCUGGGGUUGUCUGUCCCCUGCUGGGGGCCAAUAUCUAUGCAGUGUGUGGGUUUCAUUCCCCACCCACAUUCUCUGGGGGUUGAGUGUGUCCUGGGAUUCUUUGGGAAAAACACAGGAGAAUAAGAGGGCAGUGUGAUGCAUGGCCCUCACUUCAGGCCAGAUUACCGGAUGUGUCCAAAUCAAGCCCAAGGGAAUGGAAACAGCAUAAUGGAAAGGAGAGGCGGGGUGGGGAUUGCUCCACUAUCGUGUCUCUGCCAAAAUAAAAACAUUUUAUUUCAGCCCUUCA